UUUCAUGGAGUAUACCAACAGUUUAAUCCUGCUGAUUUUCAGAAAAUAGAAGUAGAUAAAAUACAAACUACACCUCAAACUAUAAAAAAUCAUCUAGAGAAAGUCUUUGCAAUUCAUAAUGAAGUUAAUACUCACCUAGAAAAAUCUCGAAAAUACAUGCUUAAACAUGCAAAUGUUCAUCGUCAUAAGAAUCUUUAUAAGGCUGGUCAGCCAGUUGCUAUAGCCUCUGAUACUGAUAUGAAUUCAUCGACCAGAAAAAGAAAACUCCAAACUACAUUUAAUGAAACCGAAACUGUUGUUAGUAUGACUAAUAAUAACAAAACUGUUAUUGUUAAAAUGCCUAAGGGAAGUACUGUUCAUUAUCCUGUGAAAAGA